ACGCAAUCUUGCUCAAGCGUUCUCAGUUUUAGUUCAGACCGCUGUCGGACCGGUCACGUUCGAAACGUUGGGAAAUAUUGUCGGACACAGUGCGAGAAAGUUGGAGAUCAAUAUGAAACUAACGCUAGCAUUUCUGCUGGCUACUUUGGCCUUGUCGCAAGCUUUGGUCAAGGAGGAGAUCCAGGCCAAGGAGUACCUCGAGAAUCUGAACAAAGAGCUGGCCAAAAGGACCAAUGUUGAAACCGAGGCUGCCUGGGCCUAUGGCUCAAACAUUACAGAUGAGAAUGAGAAGAAAAAGAACGAAGUUUCCGCCGAGUUGGCUAAGUUUAUGAAGGAGGUGGCUAGUGACACAGCUAAGUUCCAAUGGCGUUCGUUCCAGUCGGAGGAUCUCAAGCGUCAAUUCAAAGCUUUGACCAAAUUGGGUUACGCCGCUCUACCAGAAGCCGACUACGCAGAAUUGCUGGAAACUCUCUCAUCCAUGGAGUCAAAUUUCGCCAAAGUAAAGGUCUGCGACUACAAGGACAAUACCAAGUGCGACCUUGCCCUCGAACCGGAGAUUGAGGAGGUCAUCAGCAAGAGCCGUGACCACGAGGAGCUCGCCUACUACUGGCGCGAGUUCUACGACAAGGCCGGAACAGCUGUGCGAUCCCAAUUUGAGCGUUACGUGGAGCUUAACACCAAGGCAGCCAAACUGAAUAACUUUACCUCCGGCGCCGAGGCCUGGUUGGAUGAAUACGAGGACGAUACUUUCGAGCAGCAGCUAGAGGACAUUUUCGCUGAAAUUCGUCCUCUUUACCAACAGAUUCAUGGCUAUGUGCGAUUCCGCCUGCGGAAACACUAUGGCGAAUCGGUGGUUUCCGAGACAGGACCCAUUCCCAUGCACCUUUUGGGCAAUAUGUGGGCGCAGCAGUGGUCGGAGAUUGCAGAUAUUGUUUCACCAUUCCCCGAGAAACCCCUAGUGGAUGUGAGCGAAGAGAUGGAAAAGCAGGGAUACACAGCUCUGAAAAUGUUCCAGAUGGGCGAUGACUUCUUUACUUCCAUGAAUCUGACUAAGCUGCCGCAGGACUUCUGGGACAAGUCAAUUAUUGAGAAACCCACCGAUGGCCGUGAUCUCGUUUGCCACGCCAGUGCCUGGGACUUUUAUCUCACCGACGAUGUGCGCAUCAAGCAGUGCACUCGAGUCACCCAGGAUCAGCUCUUCACCGUCCACCACGAAUUGGGACACAUUCAGUAUUUCCUACAGUAUCAGCAUUUGCCAUUCAUCUACCGCACUGGUGCUAAUCCCGGUUUCCAUGAGGCCGUUGGUGAUGUCCUCUCUCUGUCCGUGUCGACUCCCAAGCAUCUUGAGAAAAUCGGUCUGCUCAAGGACUAUGUUCGCGAUGAUGAGGCUCGCAUUAAUCAACUUUUCCUUACUGCUCUGGACAAGAUUGUGUUCCUGCCCUUCGCCUUCACCAUGGACAAGUAUCGCUGGUCGCUGUUCCGCGGUGAAGUCGAUAAGGCCAACUGGAACUGUGCCUUCUGGAAGUUGAGGGACGAGUACUCCGGCAUUGAACCCCCAGUAGUCCGAAGCGAGAAGGACUUCGAUGCCCCGGCUAAAUAUCACAUUUCCGCUGAUGUCGAGUAUCUGAGAUAUUUGGUCUCCUUCAUCAUCCAGUUCCAGUUCUACAAGUCCGCUUGUAUCAAGGCUGGUCAGUACGAUGCCAACAAUGUGGAGUUGCCGCUGGAUAACUGCGAUAUCUACGGAAGUGCUGCGGCUGGUGCUGCUUUCCACAACAUGCUGUCCAUGGGCGCCUCUAAGCCCUGGCCUGAUGCAUUGGAAGCCUUCAACGGGGAACGUAUCAUGUCCGGAAAGGCUAUCGCCGAAUACUUUGAGCCACUGCGCGUCUGGCUGGAGGCGGAGAACAUCAAGAACAAUGUCCACAUUGGAUGGACCACUUCAGAUAAAUGUGUGUCUUCAUAAAUUACACAGUGAUUUGGCCAAUAAAGUUUUACAAUUCAUUAUUGAUUUCAAUA